AAAAAAAAAGAGUAAAUUUUUGGUCCAUUGGGUAACAGUUUUUUUUGUUUGCAGGUUCAUUCAUCUUGGAUGCUAUUUUAGCAGCACCAUCAGUUGAGAGUCAUCAUAACAUAGGCAGAGUUGUACUAAUUUUGGACUUGGGUUCACUCUAAAACCAGAGGACUUUGUUGGGUCAGAUCUGAAACUGAAAGGAAAUGGUGGGCAGCCAAUACCCUGAAGGGCCAGAACCAUGAAAAGAGAGAAACUUUGCAGAAACAGCUCGUUCUCUGCUUGAAGUGUUUGGGAUUUUGGUAAGGGGAGAGUGAGGGAAAUGGCAGGUCGUUGCAUUCUGUAUUGGAUUCUCUUGCUGGGUUUGGUUUUCUUGCAAGGAAAUGCAGACCCAGUUGAAGAUAAGCAAGCAUUGCUGGAUUUUGUGAACAAUCUCCCUCACUCCCGCUCUCUUAAUUGGAAUGUGAGCUCUCCUGUGUGUGACCACUGGACUGGAGUGACUUGUAGUGAGGAUAAGUCUUAUGUGAUAGCCGUCCGAUUGCCCGGCAUUGGAUUUACUGGCCAGAUACCACCUUACACGCUUAGCCGCCUCUCAAGGCUGCAAAUUUUGAGUCUUAGAUCCAAUGUGAUAAGUGGGCAGUUCCCUUCUGAUUUCUUCAACCUCAAAAACUUGUCUUUCCUCUAUCUCCAAUUCAAUAACUUCUCUGGGCCAUUGCCCGGGGACUUCUCAGUUUGGAAGAACCUCACCAUUGUCAAUUUGUCUAACAAUCACUUCAAUGGGAGCAUUCCUUAUUCGCUUUCCAAUUUGACUCAGCUUUCAGGCUUGAAUCUUGCUAACAAUUCACUUUCUGGUGAAAUUCCUGAUCUCGAAUCAAGCAAGUUGCAGCAGCUAAACUUAUCUAACAACAAUCUCACUGGUAGUGUUCCCAAAUCACUUCAGAGGUUUCCAAGGUCAGUUUUCGUGGGUAACAACAUUUCUUUUGCUAGUUUCCCACCCAGUCUUCCUCCUGUUCUUCCACCCGCCCCUAAACCAUAUCUGAAAUCUAAGAAUAGUGGGAAGCUUGGUGAGACAGCAUUAUUAGGAAUUAUAGUUGCUGGUGCUGUUUUGGGCAUUGUGGCGUUUGCAUUUCUAAUACUUGUUUUCUGCUCAAGAAGAAAAAAGGAAGAUGGGCUUUCUGGAAAGUUGCACAAGGGAGAAAUGUCACCGGAAAAAGUGAUCUCAAGGAGUCAAGAUGCGAAUAAUAAACUGGUGUUCUUUGAGGGCUGUCAUUACGCAUUUGAUCUGGAGGAUUUAUUGAGGGCUUCCGCCGAGGUACUUGGAAAGGGAACAUUUGGUACAGCAUAUAAGGCAAUAUUAGAAGAUGCAACCGUUGUGGUGGUGAAGAGGUUGAAGGAUGUAAAUGUUGGGAAGCGGGACUUCGAGCAACAUAUGGAGAUUGCUGGCAACAUUAGGCAUGAAAAUGUGGUUGAACUGAAGGCAUAUUAUUAUUCCAAAGAUGAGAAGCUAAUGGUAUAUGAUUACUACAGCCAGGGGAGCGUCUCUGCUUUGUUACAUGGUAGAAGAGGGGAGGACAGAAUCCCUUUAGAUUGGGAUACCCGACUGAGAAUAGCUAUUGGAGCAGCAAAAGGAAUUGCUCAUAUACAUACACAGAAUGGUGGGAAGCUUGUCCACGGAAACGUCAAAGCCUCAAACAUCUUUGUAAACUCGCAACAGUAUGGUUGUGUUUCUGAUGUUGGCCUGGCAACUAUAAUGAGCUCACUAGCUCCCCCAAUCUCCCGUGCUGCUGGUUACCGAGCCCCAGAAGUGACAGACACCAGGAAAGCAGGACAAGCAGCUGAUGUCUACAGUUUUGGGGUUGUGUUACUGGAACUCCUCACUGGAAAAUCCCCUAUCCAUACUACUGCUGGUGAUGAGAUUGUCCACUUGGUCAGAUGGGUGCAUUCAGUUGUCCGAGAGGAGUGGACAGCAGAAGUGUUUGACAUAGAGCUCAUGAGGUAUCUAAAUAUAGAGGAAGAAAUGGUAGAGAUGUUACAGAUUGCCAUGUCUUGUGUGGUAAGGAUGCCUGAUCAAAGACCUAAAAUGCUGGAUGUAGUGAAGAUGAUAGAAAGUGUCCGCCGGAAUGAUAAUGAGAAUCGACCAUCAUCUGGAAACAGAUCUGAAAGCUCAACACCACCACCGGUGGUUGGAACAGAACAUCCAACAUCACAAUGAGUGAACCAUUUGCCAUUUUUCCCAUCUAGUGAUGUAUUUCAUUUCAUCUCAAAAUGUCGUUUUGCUCCAGUGAAUGAACAAAUUUGUUUCAAUUUUUUUUUCUACUUUAUCCCAUUUAGGAAGAGCUAGGUCAUGUAUCAAUGUAGUAGUGACUUUAAUUCUGGAAAUGGCAUUUCAAAUAUGCUUUUUGGUACU